GCCGUAAUACUAUAAUUCUAGGAUUCAUAUGUUUUUUUCUUAUCCUCUUGGUUUCUUACAUUUCAUUGUAGACAAAUCUCCUAUGCAGACACAUAAUAAUCUUGAUGCUGCUAAACUAUCUGAAGUUUGCAAUAGAACCGACUUUGAGGGCACUUUGAAGGAAGAUAGAUCUGGGAGGUUGGAAAGAGUGACAUUCAAGAUAGUUCUUUCUUAUCAUGGGUGUUCAUUUGACGGUUGGCAGAAGCAACCUGGUUUGAACACGGUUCAGGGGUAAGGCUUUUCCCUGUUAAUAUAUGUACCUUAGUAUGCUUUUUUGUUGAUAGAUGUAUUCCUGUGUUGGGGUUUACUGUCCUGUCUCUUAUGAUAGAAAAUCUGCUUAACUUUGUGCACACUUCUUUGUAGCAUUGAUGAAACUCAUCGAGGGUACCAGGAAACAGUUAUUGCCUUCAUAUGUAUUUACUCUUUUCCAUCAAGAGACUGCUGUGAAGUUACUUUUAAACAAUUUAGGGACAUACCCUUCGUUUUAUGAUUAAAUGCUUGCAAUUCAAAGAAUAUACACGUAGUUUUGUACUCUCCCCCUGCUAAUGGUCUUGUCCUUAAUGUUACUCUGCUUCCCUUAAAUCAAUCAAAAGUUAUAAUUGUUUAAUUGAUCUGGAUCGACUGUGAGGGUUCUGCUUGCUUUUUCAUUAUUAGUAACAGCCAAUGCCUAUUCAAUUCUAAUUUUCCAUUUGUGCAGUUAAGGUCUAACAGAACUUGGGUUAUCACUUUUCUUGAACAGAUUAGUAGAACAGUGUUUGGGUAGAUUUGUCGAUGAGAGGAAAGCUCAACUACUUAAAGAAAAAUCCAAGCCAUUAGAAGGGUGUGCUGCUGUUGCUGGCCGCACGGACAAAGGAGUCUCCGCUCUUCAGCAAGUUUGUUCUUUCUGUAUGUUAUUAAAUAUCCCCUUUACGUGUUAACUGCUUCUCAACAUCUGUUGCUAAUAGUUGCUGGGGAAAGAACUUCUACCUGUUCUAUUAAGGUUGAAUCAUAUUUACCGAUCAUUAGUGUACUGGAUAAAAUGAUACCGAAGGACCUAGUCGAGCCUUGCCAGUUAAAUCAUUCUCAUUUAUACAUAUUGAUGAUUUGUAGGAGGGUGGUAGUUUGAAGUGGUUCAGUUCUAGACAAUUAAGACUUUCGACUUCGACUUCUAGACAGUUAGUUUAAGUUUAGUUGUUUGGCUUAGGCUAUCAUAUUUUCUCUUAAGUUUAAGGCAGAGAUCUGUGUUAUGACUAGUGUCUGUCUGAUUUGCAGUUAUUUGAGAUGCCGUAGCAUUGUAGGGUUCCCUCCCAUCUCUCGGGUUUCACAAAGCCAUGCCCCACAAUUAUAAUUGGUGUCUUGCUCAUUAUCUAAGUAACUUGGUAAAAGCUAUCUGUUGGUAAAACUCAAAGUCUACCAAUUAGCUCCUCAGUUCAGUGAUUGGAGGAAAUGAGAGUAGUUUUUACAUUGUUUGUCCCAUUAUUUAAAGAAAGAGAAAUUGAUGAAUGUUCUACUUCACUAUGCAUCGACUUUUUCACAGUUUCUUCAGAAUUCUUUCCAUCAUGUUCAAAUUUUUGUAGAAGCUGUUUUCUCAUUGUCAUGAUUCUUUUCACAUCUGUUGUAAGAUACAUGGAGGAAGGAUAUUAGGAUUCAGGACAUUGAAGAUGUUAUCAACAGCACAGCACCGGGGAAACUCAGGGCUGUAUCAAUCUCUGAGGUAUCAUGACUUAUCAAUAUUAAGAAGAAGAAAAAAAGUAGAAAAUUUAUGUUGGAUACCGGUCCAGUAAAAUGCGUCACCCCAAUUCCUUUUCACAUCCUUUUGUUAACCUGCCACAGGUUUCACGUUCAUUCCAUCCCAAUUUUUCAGCCAAAUGGAGGCGGUACUUGUAUAUUUUUCCUUUCAAUGGCGGUGAAAACAGAGAGCCCAGCUUGCGAUGCGGAGAGGAGGAGAACAUUUUGACUGAGAAUGGACACUAUGGAGGGCAAAGAGAUGUCUCUGAUGAGCUCAGAUGGGAGGGGGAUGAUAACAACUUGAUAGUCAGGGAUGACGGUGAGCUCCAAGGUCCAAAGAAAUCUAGUACAUUUACUGUGUGCAAGGUUAACAGACUUCUGCAGCAACUAGAGGGGAAGUUAUUGUCCUACAGAAUCUUUGCUCGUGACACAAAGGCUUCCAGAAGCAUGUAAGCCAUGUUGAAAGUUCCCUUUGCUUUUGUAAAUUACGAAUGAAAUGAUUGUUUUGCAUUUAUUUUAUCUACCAGUCCAUGACUAGUAUUUUGAUAGAUUCUGUAAUUAGAGCUCCAGGUCAACCUUUUUGUUACCCUUUCUUUCUUUCUUUCUUUUUUUUGGCUCAGAGCAUUUCUUGUUUGGUUAUAAGAGCAUGUUUGAGGAUUUAACUUUGGGCUACUAGCUUCACUGGGUAGUUAGUUGCAGGAAGAGCUAAAAAAAGGUCGAUGUUACCUUCAUGAAAGAAGAAAGAAAGUCAUUUUUACCUGUACUAGAAUUGUUGCCUCAAUUAUAAAUGGUGAAAUGUGCAGUUAGCUAUACUUUAUUACUAACAUAUCCAUAUUCAUGUUGCAGAGGUCCUCCAACAGAGUGUUUUAUGUAUCACGCUCGAGCUGCAGAAGCCACUAUACCGCAACCUCAUCCUGGAGCUGGAAGAACAGUUAUGUGUGUAGAACUGGUUGCGAAUCGCUUCCUGCGCAGGAUGGUUCGAGUUCUUGUUGCGACAUCGAUAAGGGAGGCAGCUGCUGGCGCAGAAGAUGAUGCUCUGCUAAAGCUAAUGGAUGCUACCUGUCGAAGGGCCACUGCUCCGCCUGCUCCUCCAGAAGGUUUGUGUAUGGUUAAUGUAGGGUAUGCUGAAUUCGACCCCCGUAACUGCAUCAUUCCAUGAUGUUAUUAUCUCUUUCACAGAGAGUCAGAGCUUUUCUUGUAGGGUAUACUGUGAAACUUAUGCUCGUAUAGGGCUUUCUUUUGACAACUUACAAGCUACACUUGUCAUUUCCCCCCUUCUAUUAAAGAGGUUACAACUUACUUACGAGUUGCAAUCUUAAAUAUCCUUGUGUUUUAACGACAAUGUUUGCUUCUAUCUACAAUAUAUAUAAAGGCAAAAUAUGGAUUGGAUUUUCAGCUUCUGAGGAAAUUUCGGAAGACCCUUAUUGUCAUUUCACAUCUAUAUUAAUGAACCUGUGUGUUUCUUGCUCAGCUGGGCCGGCAAAACCUGAUGAUGGUUCAUCAUCUUCCGUAGGUAUUCCUGUCUUUGACAACAUAAAAUUAGUGGUAGUUAAAGAAUUUAAACGUUGCAGACAUAAGUCCUAAACGUGGCUAGACAAAGAAAAAGGGAAAAAUAAAUUAACAAUACGUAAUAAACUAAUUUAUUAUGAUUAAGACUCAUUAGACAUUUUUAAAUAACUAGAUGAUAUUCAUAGAAAAAAUACGUGAUAGAUAGUGUUUAGAAUAUUAACAGUUGUACUAACCAAAAACAUACUAGAGCUCAUAAUUGGAACUAGGCCCUUUAACCCCCUCAUUUGUUCAUUAAUUAAUUACAAACCAUGUCAUGUUUUUAUUCGACCAUUAGAACUAAGUUUUAUACACUAUCUAAUCUAUUUGAAAUAUUACACACAAAAAAAAAAAAAAUGAAUUACAUGGAACACUUGCUAUCUAGAUUAGUGUAUUUUGGGAGGCUUUGGUAUGGUUGGAAUUUAAAAUUUGGAUUUUUAUUUCCUUUUUGGAAAAGAAUUCCCAUGCAUGCACUUAUAUGGAAUUUCUAUAUCAUACUGUAAAACUUAUAAUCCGCAAUUAUUUUCACAGUUUUGGUUGGCGAAGUUCACCAUACACAAACAUCCUUUCAACUUUUCUAUAUGCCCUUUCCAUGAAAUGUUAAAAAAUGUACACCUAAAACUAUUAGAUUGAGUCCUUUGACUAUUAUUGUCAUUUGUAGUCUAUUUAUUUGUUUUAGAUAUUCUAUCCAUCUCAUAUUAUCACCUCAUGUGUAUUAGGGGGCCUUGAUCAAAAUAGUACUGAAAGACUCCUUGAUUUCUAAAUUUGAAGUUGUAAUACUCAAUCAACCUCAAUCAAUUGUGGUCUAUGUACUUACUUCAGUACAACAUAAUUCAACUACUAAGUUGUUUUUAUUAUCGUUGCUAGGGAAGUAUUACUUUACUGCAUCUCCAACAUCCAAUUUAUAUUUCAACUUGAAUUAUCUUUCAUUGCACCAUUUGUUAAACCUGUAAGUAAAUGAUCUUAUGAAUAUUAUAAAUAUAUUCAUGCUCAAUUAAAGUUAAUGGGUCGUUUGGAGGUUGGGAUUUCAAGUAAUGUAUUUAGCUAAUGCAUGUAAUGUCAAGAUUAAGUCUUUUUUUGGUUAAAUUUGUGACAUAAUACAUGUAUUACCUUUUUCUGGGCUCACCUAUAGCACUCAAAAUGAGUGAUUGUCAAUCUCUACCAAAAUGUGAGAUUGUGCCCAAAGGAUUGUUUACCCUCUACUUUUUUUAUUUAUAACAAAGCAUAAUCUAACCUCCAAACAAUGUAUUUUUCAAAUUCAUACAUUUCACCAAUAUAUCAAAUUAUAAUACACAAAUUGAUUAAAUACAUCAAUUUGGAGAAUCUCAACCUCCAAACAACCCAACUUUGGUAUUUGUUAUUGCUUAUGGCAAACUUAGGGGAAUGAAAAUAUUAUUAAAGAGGACUCAUACGAAGUUGCCAAAUAACGUCCCAACAUUUGUUCAAUUGUAGACAUAACUUCAUUUUGAUUAUCUCUUAAACCAUGGUAAAAUGUUUGCAAAUCGUCAUUUUCCACAUGGACCUAUCUUCACUGUAAUCUUAUAUAUUCAUAAAUCUUUAUUAUUUUUAUUUCAUCAAUAAAUACAUAUUUUUUGU